GCGCGGGUUGAUUCGCCCUUCCUCAGCCGCGGUCGCUCGCAGCUCGGAAAUGGCGGUUUUAUAGGUAAUGCAGCUUGAACGAGGUAUAAAGUGAGGUCUGCAUGAAAAUUGUUCUUACAGAUAGAGACUGUAUGAUACUGGUGUUACCGUAAAAGGAUUUGGUGCUAUGGAGAAAUUUUUGGUAGAAUAUAAGAGUGCAGUGGAAAAAAAAUUGGCAGAAUACAAAUGUAACACCAACACAGCAAUUGAACUGAAAUUAGUUCGUUUUCCUGAAGAUCUUGAGAAUGACAUUAGAACUUUCUUUCCUGAGUAUACCCAUCAACUCUUUGGGGAUGAUGAAACUGCUUUUGGCUACAAGGGUCUCAAGAUCUUGUUAUACUAUAUUGCUGGUAGCCUGUCAACAAUGUUCCGUGUUGAAUAUGCAUCUAAAGUUGAUGAAAAUUUUGAUUGUGUGGAGGCCGAUGAUGUUGAGGGUAAAAUCAGACAAAUCAUUCCACCUGGGUUUUGCACAAACACAAAUGAUUUUCUUUCUCUGCUGGAAAAGGAAGUUGAUUUCAAGCCCUUUGGAACCUUACUCCAUACAUACUCAGUUCUCAGUCCAACGGGAGGAGAAAACUUUACAUUUCAGAUAUACAAGGCUGACAUGACAUGUAGAGGCUUUCGAGAAUAUCAUGAAAGGCUUCAGACCUUUUUGAUGUGGUUUAUUGAAACUGCUAGCUUUAUUGACGUGGAUGAUGAAAGAUGGCACUACUUUCUAGUAUUUGAGAAGUAUAAUAAGGAUGGAGCUACGCUCUUUGCGACCGUAGGCUACAUGACAGUCUAUAAUUACUAUGUGUACCCAGACAAAACCCGGCCACGUGUAAGUCAGAUGCUGAUAUUAACUCCAUUUCAAGGUCAAGGCCAUGGUGCUCAACUUCUUGAAACAGUUCAUAGAUACUAUAUUACGUCUCCUUCAGUUCUUGAUAUUACAGCGGAAGAUCCAUCCAAAAGCUAUGUGAAAUUACGGGACUUUGUGCUUGUGAAGCUUUGUCAAGAUAUGUCCUGUUUUUCCCGGGAAAAGCUAAUGCAAGGAUUUAAUGAAGAUAUGGCAAUACAAGCCCAGCAGAAGUUCAAAAUAAAUAAGCAACAUGCUAGACGUGUUUAUGAAAUUCUUCGACUUCUAGUAACUGACAUGAGUGAUGCUGAGCAAUUCACAAGCUAUGAAAUGGAUAUUAAAAGAAGACUAAUUAGCCCAUAUAAGAAAAAGCAGAGAGAUCUUGCUAAAAUGAGAAAAUGUCUCAGACCAGAAGAACUGACAAAUCAGAUGAACCAGAUAGAAAUUGAGUUGCAACAUGAACAGCUGGAACAAAGCUUUCAGGAACUAGUAGAAGAUUACAGACGUGUUAUUGAACGACUUGCUCAAGAGUAAGAUUGUAUACUCUGAACAGGAUGCUUGCAAUUUUCUGUAUAUUGUGCUGUGACAAACCUAUGAUGACUUUAAUUUUAAUAUCUUGUAACAUUUUACUUACAUUAAAAGUUAUCUAUGUUAUGUUUAGUUGAAUUCUUUCAGAGAGAUUGUAUAUUUUAAAAUACUGUCUAGAGUCUAUGAGCAUAUAUUGCGUUAAAUGAUAAGUCUGAAAUACCACUGCAAUUGCUUUUAUUCUUAAACAGUAUAAUAAAUGAUUAGUUGUGGUAUAUUAAA